GUUGGAGGCAUCUCCUAAUUCUAAUCUCCUUUUCUCCUAACUUUUUGAGUUAUUUCGAAACCCGUCCCAAUCUGCUGAUAAAUUUCAGCCUAUCUUUGUUGGUCUACUGCGGUACCAAUAUGAACUUUGUGAGACUGGGCAGACCGCUUCUAGGGAUUAAAUCAAAAGCAUUUACACCAAGUUUCUCUUCCAACACUCCUCGGCGCACCAUGCAGAUCAAGUCUAUCCCCAUGUGGGUAGGUAGUGGUGACAACUACGCCUACCUGGUCAUUGAUGACAAGUCCAAGGACGCUGUCAUCAUAGAUCCGGCGAAUCCGGAAGAGGCCGCUCCUGUCGUCAAGAAAGCCAUCGAAUCCGGCGAGAUCAACCUGAAGGCCAUUGUGAACACCCACCACCACCGGGAUCAUUCUGGAGGCAACAAGAAAAUCCGCGAUGUACUGAAUCUUCCAGACCUGCCGAUCAUUGGCGGUAAAAACUGCGAGGCCGUCACCAACACACCCGCAAACGGGGAGGGCUUCCCCUUUGGCAGCAUCCAGGUCAAGGGCCUCUACACGCCCUGCCAUACGCAGGACAGUAUUUGCUGGUUUAUGCAGGAUGGAGAUGACAAGGUCGUCUUCACCGGCGACACUCUCUUUCACGGAGGCUGCGGCAGGUUCUUUGAGGGUACUCCCGAGGAGAUGAACAAUGCCUUGAACAAGACAUUGGCUGCGUUGCCUGAUGACACUCGAGUCUUUCCUGGACACGAAUACACCAAGUCGAACGCCAAGUUUUGCAUCUCCGUCCUGCAAAGCCAGCCUGUUCAGAAGCUGCUUGAGUUUGCCGAGAACAACAAGGAGACCCAGGGCCAAUUCACCAUUGGUGACGAGAAGGAACACAAUGUUUUCAUGCGGAUGGAUGACCCAGUAAUUCAAAAGGCGACUGGUGAGACGGACCCAGUCAAGGUUAUGGGCAAGUUGCGCGAGAUGAAGAACAACUUCAAAUGACUAGAUGGGAGUAAAGCGGCUCUGUGAGCUCUGAACGCGCGACGCGAGGGUACCAACUCUACCAGUACUUGUCAUGUAACAUGCACAAACUCCUAUCAACAAAAUGAGACAGCUUCAUAGCAGAAGCAAACCUGAUUAUUUUACACCCG